AUGACCUAUCCGUAUCGCAGUUAUAUGGAGUCACUCCUGGCUUAUGACUCGCCUGCCAAAAAUUCUCACAUGUCCAUGCGCAUGUGGUAUAAAGAUACUGCCGGACACAUGGACGAGUGCAAGCCUGACAAAAACGAAGGACUCAAGAAACGUCACGAACUUACUAAAAACAGCAAAGUGUUCGAGCUCCUAGGCCCUAUACACAGUGACUUUUUUAAUCAGGAUCGCUUUCUUUUAAAUAACGUGGAACUUAGAAUUAAGCUCACUCGCAGUCGAGAUGCCUUCGUGCUCAUGUCAACCAACAGAAAUGAGAAGGUGGUCAUCUUUGGGCGCAACACUUUUAUCGGAGUGCAGGACAAAUCCAUAUCAAACUUACACCUUGGGCAAAUACCAAAAAGAAUCAUCAUUGGAUUUGUUUCAAAUCCAGCAUUCAACGGAAGUUACCAGUAUAACCCAUUCAACUUCCAACACUAUGAUCUGAAUUAUCUGAGUCUUUAUGUGGACUCGGAACAAAUUCCCGCACAGCCCAUCACACCUGACUACGAACACAAAUUUUCACAUUGA